GAUUUUCCCGACAGCACGUGAACGCGUCAUCUUUGCGUAUGGCGUCAUCAGGGAAGCUUCAUGUGACGGGACCCAGCGCUCACACAGAUGCUGUGCACGAAUGUGUCUGUCGGAGUGGUAAGAAUGAACAUUGUGUGUUUUUCUUUUUUGAAUUACAUCGAGGCGAAUGGACAGCUCUUUCUUCAGAGAUGGAGUCUCAGAAUCCAAAUCUGACCUGCAUCAUAUGCUUUGAGCGUUUCCGAGUCCCUGUGACCAUCCCCUGCGGUCACACCUUCUGUCAAAAGUGCAUCGCCACGUAUUGGGACACCAAGAGCAAGGCUGACAUCGGACCUCACUGUCCCAUCUGCAAGGAGGAGUUCACCACCAGGCCAACCCUCAAGCGUAAUGUGUCCAUGUCAGUCCUGACCGAGGCCACGAACAGCACCGGCGCCUCGUGCAGAGAGUCACUCAUGAGGGGAGGCGAAGGGGCCAGAGCCAUGCUGCUGUGCGAUCGCCAUAAAAAGCCUCUGGUUUAUUACUGCAAGCAGGACAGGAUGUCCGUGUGCUGCGAGUGCGGCAUCUCCGAGUGCGAGAGCCACGAGAAGGUCAUGCUGGAGGCAGAGAGGGAAAAUCAAGAGCUGCAGCUGCAGAGGAAGAGCAAGGAGGUGGGGAAACUCAUGGAAGAGACAGAAAAGGAUAUUAAAGACCUGGCUGAGAACAUCAGCCAAGCCAAGGUGACUCUUCAGCAGACUUCCACGUGGGUCAAUCUCAAGUUCUCCACCCUGAUGAAAAUCCUGGCAGAGAAGCAGGAGGCCACAGAGCUCUUCAUCGAGGAGCAGCAGGAAGCUGCCAUCAGCGAGGCGGAGGCACGGCUAGCCGAACUCCAAGAGCGCUCCAAGAUGCUCCGAGAGAGCCAGGGACAGAUCGAAGCCGCGCAGCAGCUCUCUGACACAGAGCUCAUCAAGGAAUCAAUGGUCAUACAAGUCCCACGUUUCAAAGACAUUCCCACAGAUGUAUCUCCAAACCUUCAAGAUCGACUAAACGGCGUCACAGAUGUCCUGUCUCGAGUCUCCAAGCUGGUGUCGGAGGACCUGGAGAAAGCCGUGAGCACGGCUGUGGGUCAGGACAAAGACGGUUCUCCUCAGGAUAAGAGGCCGGUCCUUGCUGUGGUUCCCAGUCCAGCUGCUCCGUGCCACCCUGGUGGGAAGGAGGGCCUCAGUGCUUACCGAUGCUCUCUGACCUUUGACCCUCGCACUGCCAACGGGCACCUCUUCCUGUCCCAGGAGAACCGGAGGGCGGAGCACCUGACCUCUGGGCCGCGCUCCGUCCCACCCCACGAAGCCCGCUUUGAUCACACCUGGCAGGUGCUCUGCUUUCAGGGCUUCACCCAUGGACAACACUACUGGGAGCUGGAGGUGUCGAAGCCCUGGGCCUACCUCGGGGUAACCUACGAGGCCAUCCCCAGGAAGGAGAAGGGCAAGCGGUGCAUGGUGGGUAUGAAUGAACUGUCCUGGAGCCUGCAGCUGGACGAGCAUCAGCUCAGCGCCUGGCACAAUGGCCGGCGGGAAACCCUAGCGAGCCACUCCCAGCACAGCCGCAUCGGCAUGCUGCUGGACUACGAAGCGGGGACGCUCACCUACUACGGGGACGGGCAGACCAGGCUCCACGCCUUCCACUGUGCCUUCACCCAGGAGCUGUUCCCCGCCUGCUGGAUAGGAGAGGGGGUCAGCAUCACCCUCUGCUCCACAUGAGCGGACUCGGAAGAGAAGCGAAGAUGGGAAAACAAGACGCACUAUCAAACAUGAGCACUAGCUGACUCACCCGUAACCAUUUAGGAGGUUUUUUUAAAAAAUCUACAAAGACGUUGUUUUAAGCAGGAGAACUGGCUGUGACGAGCUUUCUCCCCCCAAAACUGACCACCUGGCUUAUUCACUUACCACAUGACCAUAACAUAGCUAAGGAAAUUACAAACUCUAUUCUAGUUUAAGGACUUCAUUCUGGUUUGUUUUGUUGUUUUUUUUCUUUAGAUUAUGUAUGAAACAACCUUCAAAUUUGGAUAGAUAUCUGCUUUCAGGUAGGAAAAGACCAGCUGUCUUCAGAUUAUUCAGUUUUUAGUGACUCGGUACAAAACCUAAUGAUUCAUAGAAUGCUGAGGUCAUGAUUAGUUAGAUACCAGAAGGUUCCUGAGGCACACACGAGCUAUCAGUUUAUCCACUGUGUUGAUUUUAGAGUGCUGGACUACAAUUACUCCUGCAUAGUUUUCCUUCAGCGUUGCAGACACAGGUUUUCGAGUGCGGCACGUGCAGCUUGGCCGGGUGACGGUGUGUGCUGCACAUAAGUCAGAUCCUUACUGUGGUCUGCUUUGAAGAAACAGUCCCUCUAGUUCUUUUCACAAGAGAAUAUCGAUCCCACUUUCACACCUGUGCGGUUAAAAAAACAAGCGCCAGCCGACAGUCAAGUUAGCAUAGCUUAGCACAAAGACUUGAAACGAGAAACCAGCUAGCCUAGCUCUGUCCAAAGGAAACAAAAUCCACCUCUCUGAUUAACAUGUAUCUUGUUGCCAGGCGACCUGUGUUGAAGAAAGGUCCAGCACAAAACCUUCUAAAGAAGUGCUGGUUGUCAUCUUUGGAGUCAGGCUAGCUGUUUCCAGUCUUUAUUCCUAGCUAAGCUAACCAUCUGAUGCCUUUAUACCUUUAUGUUAACUUUAUAUUAAGACGUGCAAUCGUAUUGAUCUUCUAAAACUCUGCAAGAAAGUAGAUGAGCGUUUCCUCCUGGGAUCAGAGCCUCUAACUGACCACUGCCUUUUUUUUAAAAUCCAGUCUGGCUUCUCUAAGGCGCAGAGCCACCUGAGCCCACACAGUGUACGCACACGUAAGAAGAAAUCAUUGCAGAGAAAUCAAGAGAGAGAACGGGACAUUUUUGCAAUGCUGUGAGAAGCCAUUUGUCGAGGAAACCUUUUACUCAUGUGCACAACCUUUACUAGUGUUCACCUGUCUUGCUGAAACUGAGUCCACUGAAUUAUGGGAGCCAGUUCAUGAUGAGUCACAUUGAACACACUACAUGAUCCUGUUUAAAAAGUAUAGUUCCCCCUCGCUGUACCGUAGGCGAUGCAGGUGAAACCAAAUCAUCUGGGACUGUACGUUAACUACUGAGAACACAGAACUGAAAAUGGAGCUGCAUUUAUUUUUAAUCAUCUCGGGAUCUUAACUUGAAUGCACAAACGAAGUACAGUCUCAAACCUGUGACGCUGACAGUGUUGUGAUGGAAUCUGCUGUACUGUACAGAUGUUUUUAAACGGGCUUUUGGCCUCUUUUUUUUUUCUUUUAUCAUGAGCACUUAGAGGGCGAAGCUGUGAUCUUUUGGAACGUCGAGGUACUCGAGGCUCAGGACAUCAUACAUCAGUCUUUGGGAAACUGCUGUGGUGUUUUGCACAAGUUUGUCCAGAAGAGUAGACGAGGACUACUGACUGCGAGAAGGGAAAAAGCACAUUUCCAGGCGUAAAACAUAACCCCUCCUGCUGACUCUGGAAUAUGUUCUGUUCAUUAUCCUAAUGCACUAUGCUGUGUUCGAAGUGGAAAUACCCAUC